GUCGUAAUUGGAAAAACAAAACGUUACGUGCCGAGAUGCAGUAGCUUUUGUAAAAUGUGAUAAAGUAUUUUUCGGAAGUUGCUAGUCAUAUUUAAUAUCUGCCUAUAGAAUAUAAACCUAGUAUAAAAUCUUCAGCAAUGGUUAAGCUAAAUAAUUUAAAGCUUGCAUUUGUGCACCCGGAUUUGGGGAUUGGUGGCGCAGAACGUUUGGUUUUAGACGUUGCUGUCGCUGUGGCUGACCAAGGUGUACAGGUGCAUUUCUUAACCAACCACUUUGAUAAGGGUCAUGCAUUUGAGGAACUCAAAACGGAUAGGUUUCCUGUAAAGGUGUUUGGUGACUGGAUGCCCCGUGGAGUUUUUGGUGCUUUCAAGGCGUUCUUUGCCUAUCUCAGGAUGUUGUAUUUGGCCAUGUUUCAUUACAUUCUGUUGCCAUUCGAUUCAGAUUCACCAGAUAUUUAUUUUGUGGAUCAAAUCCCAAUGGCUGUACCCAUAUUGAAAUGGACUGGAAGGAAAGUCAUAUACUAUUGUCAUCAUCCAGAUCUCCUAGCCAGCACACCGGGAGGUUUCCUGAAAAGGCUAUACAGGAAACCAAUAAAUUGGAUUGAGAUGUAUGGUACCAAAUCCGCAGACUUCAUCUUGGUGAACAGUGAAUACACUGCUGCAGUGUUUAGACGUACAUUCCCUCAAAUUAAAAAUCCGAUCAAGAUUGUUUAUCCCACAAUUGCGUCGUCUUUUCUGACUGAUAUUAAGAAGGCCAGCAAGAAACCUAUUCAUCAGAUUGCACCAGAGAUUCAGAUAGGGAAACCGGACGACGUCGUGUUUUUAUCAAUCAAUAGAUAUCAUCCAGCUAAGAUGUUGGAGUUAGCCAUAGAAGCGAUGGACGAACUGAGAGGAUUACUGGACAAUGAUGAUUGGAGCAGAGUACAUUUGAUAAUCGCCGGUGGAUACGAUCCGCAAAACGGCUUGAACUCUAUUUACUUUAAGAAGCUUGUUGAGUUGACGCACGCCAAAGAUCUAAUUGUUAAAAUUACAUUCCUGAAGUCGCCUUCCGAUAAGUUAAAAGCCGAUUUGCUGAAGUCCUGUGACUGCUUAAUGUAUACUCCUGUAAACGAGCAUUUCGGUAUUGUUCCUUUGGAAGCCAUGGCCGCAGCGAAACCCGUGAUUGCUUGCAACAGCGGUGGACCCAAGGAAACUAUUGAACACAAUGUCACCGGUUUCCUUUCUCAACCUAACAGUGUCAGUCUAGCAAAGUGCAUGGCAAAGAUCCUUGAUACUCAGAGGACCAAAGAGUUGGGAAAAUGCGGAUUGGAAAGACUGGAGCGCCUGUUCUCCUACAACAACUUCGCCGUCAAAUGCAUGGACAUUGUAAACGAUGCUUAUGUAACUAAAAAAGAUUCCUAAACUGCAUUUAUUUAUUAGUCCGAUGAUAAUAUAUAUAUGUACUAUAUUUUUAUAAAUAUUCUAUUUUCAAGACUGCAAAAGUGUUUUAUGCAUUCAGAGUG